AUGGUGACAAAAGUGCAAAAGUAUAUUUUGCUCUAUGACGUGCCAACGUGGAUGAGAAGACUUCCUAUUGUGAAUUUGGAUGUUGAGUGUGUUGUGACAUCGAAUAAGACUUUCUUCGCCGAUCUCAGGAAAUUCGACGCAAUUGUUUUCACAGGAUCAACUGAAUGGUUGGCUGAGAAGACUUUCCCUCGCGUGCGAUCAGCGCAUCAAUACUACGUCUUUGCAGACUUGGAGAGUCCUUUUUACACACUCCACAGAUUUUCCAAUAACCCCUCAUUGGAGAUUUACAACUUAACCAUGACUUAUCGUAGGGAUUCAGACAUUUUCUGGCCCUACGGAUUCAUCAGCAAUGCCAAUGAAUCUCAUGUCAGUGAUCUUGUAGUUCCGGUGUGGAAAACUCCAGUAUAUAAUGAUUAUGAUCGAGAGAAAGCUCUUGCAAUAGCCAAGAAGAAGGGAAAAACGGUAGCUUGGUUCGUGUCUCACUGUGACGUUAAAUCCAAGAGAAACAAGCUCGUGUCGGCAAUGAAAGAACACGUGAAUAUUGACAUUUAUGGCUCUUGUGGUUCUCUCAAAUGUAGUGUCAAGAAUACAGAAAAUUGCUACGAAUUGGUGGAAAAAGAGUACUUUUUCUACCUUUCAUUUGAGAAUUCACUCUGCAAAGAUUACUUGACGGAGAAAGUGUUCAACAUCAUGAAAUACUACGUUGUUCCGGUGGUUUUCGGCGGUGCAAACUAUUCACACUUUCUUCCUCCUCAAUCAUACAUUGACGCCAAUGAUUUCGCCACUGCGAAAGACUUAGCGAACUUCCUAAGAAAUCUGGCCAACAAUCCUGAAGAGUACAUCAAGUAUUUCUGGUGGAAAUCACACUACAAAACCUUGUCGACGCUCAAGUCUUACAACAAUCUAUGCAAGAAGCUUCACGAAUUCAGUUCUGGAAUCGAUGGUGGGCAGUUUAUUCGAAGUUACAAGAACAUGAGUCACUGGUUGAAUGAUAAUCAAUGUGAAGAAGAGUCAAGAAUAAAAUUUACUUGA